CAACUAUACGGCCCAACAAACAUCGGGUCCACGCGUGCACACUACUCUGACCUUCAUCUUCCUCGGAGUAGUUCAGAACUUCAGAUUCAGGCGAGUCGCCGGCUCGCCGCACGCACCUCGAGGCGAGCGGAGAGCGUGGUGAGGUAGCGAGGAGCAGGAGGAUCCCACCGCUGCGGCAGCCAUGUCGGUGCAGGAGUACCUAGAGAAGCACCUGCUCUCGCGCAAGAUCGAGGAGGCCGUGAACGCGGCGGUCCGCGCCAAGGCCCCCGACCCGGUGCUCUUCAUCGCGGGCCACAUGCGGCGCGCGGCGCCCGCCGUGAUCACGAGGGUGCGCGCUCGCCAGAUCCUCGACGGGCACGGCGCGCCGGCCGUGGAGGUCGAGCUGCACACCAACAAGGCCGUGCACCGAGCGUCCGCGGCCGGCGCGGGCGCGCCCGAAGGGGCCGCCGCCGACGCGGCAGGGGACUCCGGGAGGCGGAAGAUCCUCGCCAGGGCGGUUGCCGACGCGGUGCGGGUGAUCAACGACAAGGUGUCGGAGGCGCUCGUGGGGAUGGAUCCGCAGCAGCAGGCGCAGAUCGACCAGGCCAUCAUGGACUUGGACAAAGCGCGCCACAAGGCUGAGCUUGGAGCAAAUGCUAUGCUGGCAGUAUCGAUUGCAGCUUGCAAAGCUGGUGCUGCUGAAAAAGAGGUUCCCCUAUACAAACAUAUAGCAGAUCUUGUUGGCAAAAGCGCUACUACUAUUCCUGUCCCUGCCAUUACAGUCAUCAAUGGUGGAAAGCAUGCUGGAAAUGGUCUCCCCAUUCAGGAAAUUAUGAUCCUUCCUGUUGGUGCGAAGAACUUUGAAGAAGCAAUGCAGAUGGGUUCCGAGACCUAUCAUCAUCUCAAGGAUAUUAUCUUGGAGAAAUAUGGUGCAGAGAGUUGCAACAUUGGAGAUCAUGGUGGGUUUGCUCCAAAUAUUUCCAGCAUAUCUGAAGGCCUAGAUCUUGUGAUUGCAGCAAUAGAGAGGGCUGGAUAUAAUGGAAGAAUUAAAUUGGCGAUUGAUGUAGCUGCUACUGAUUUUUGUGUAGGUAAGAAAUAUGAUCUGGAGUUCAAGUCAACAAAGAAAUCAGGGCAGAACUUCAAAACUGCAGAUGAUAUGAUUGAAAUCUAUAGCCAGCUUUGUUCAGAGUACCCACUUGUCUCCAUUGAGCAGCCCUUUGACAAAGAUGAUUGGGAGCACUCAAAAAAGUUAACCACACUAGAGCUGUGCCAGGUUGCAGGGGAUGAUUUAUUGAUGUCCGAUCCCGAACGCAUUAAGCGGGCAGUUAAUGAGUACACUUGCAACGCUCUUGUGCUUAAGGUCUUGGCAGGAAAUAUACUGUCACAUGCCAAAUUUCAAUGUUCACAAGAGGCCCUUAGUAUACCUGCUGUGUGUCUUAUUAUGUUCAGGAUAUUAAUAGUAUUUUUUUAUAUGCAGGUAAAUCAAGUGGGCACUGUCACUGAGGCCAUAGAAGUGGUGAAGCAGGCAAAGGAUGCACAUUGGGGUGUGAUGGUGUCACAUAGGUCUGGAGACACUGAGGAUUCUUUCAUCGCUGACCUGGCUGUUGGUGCUGCAGCUGGACAAAUCAAAGCCGGUGCCCCCUGCCGUGGAGAGUGUCUCACUAAAUACAAUCAGCUUCUUAGAAUAGAGGAAGAAAUUGGUAGUGAAGGCGUCUAUGCAGGGGAGAAUUGGAGAACUGCAAGCACGAGCUGACCUCUAGUAUCGAUGAGAUGUGGGGAAAAUUGGAGAUAUUGACCUGCUUUCAUAUGUAGCCACUUAGCCUUUAACUGUUGUCUUGUCCAAUUGUGUUUAUUCUUCCUCAGUAAAGGUGUGGAAGCAGGGCGGGGAAAUACACGAUUUUGAAUUACACAUAUUAUGGCAAAAAGUGUGGAUGCACUGUCUGGUGGGGGUAGGUUUACCUUUUUUUUUAAAUUUUUUGUGCUGUUCUACUCGGAUUUGUUUAAUUCUUUAUAGUCUGGACUAUAAACAUGAGUACAGAGAGCUUGAGAAAAUGGUUUAAGAAAUAGCAAUGUGUUAUACUCUAGCAA